GUGCAGAAGAAAUCAUUAAUCCUUCAAAAUUCCCACUCCGUUUUCGUCGGAGUCAUAAUUCCUUUUCUCGCCUCCGAGCCCUUCUUCUUGCAGGCAAGAUAAAUUCCCUCUUUCUCCUGCUAUUCCAUCACUUCUUGCUUGCCUCCCAAGGUUUCCCAGCUCACGAUAACCAUUUUGCUCUACGUCACCGGGCGCCCCUCUCCGACGAACAAGACCCCACACCGGGUUUCAGUCCCUGCGUGCACCUGAGUACGAGGCGGUCGCGAUCCCCCCCCCUCUCUCACCGUUAUUGCUCGACGUUCUUUCCUUUCUUCGAUCGGACUCAAGUGGUUUCAGAUACAAAUCAAUUCCUGCACCAGCCUGUUGGCGACGCUCUCUAUACCUUCUUGCAGCCCCUGAAAAGCUCACCCUUUCGAAACGCACACUACACGCUACCUCAUCAUGGACGCCUCCAUUCCCUACUCGAAAGAACUGCAAUUGGCCUGUCUGACAGUGCAGAGAGCUACUCUAGCGACCAAAAAGCUACUCGAAGCUGUCGACAAAGGGUCGUUCGACAAGAGUGAUUCUACCCCUGUCACCAUCGCCGACUUUGCUGCCCAAGCAUUAAUCAUCGCCGCUAUUCAUCAUGCCUUCCCCAAUGACGUGUUUGUUGGUGAGGAAAGCGCGAGUGCCCUGCGAUCCGACCCCGCCCUCCUCGAGCGAACGUGGGAGCUGGUCGCUUCUACUCGAUUGACCGACGAGGAAAGCGAUGCGCAGCUCUAUACUCCCAAGACAAAGGAGGAAAUGUUGGAUAUCAUCGAUUUGGGGGCCCAGGGUACAUGCGGCUCGCAGAAUCGUGCCUGGGUGUUGGAUCCAGUGGAUGGGACGGCGACCUUCAUUCAAGGUCAGCAGUACGCCGUCUGCCUGUGUCUGCUGGAAAAUGGACGCCAGAAGGUUGGUGUUCUGGGCUGCCCAAAUAUGAAUCUGGAGAAGGGAUACAUCCACGAGGAUAUAGUAGAUCGAGAAGGUUAUGGGCAUCAGGUAUUCGCCGUUGCUGGUCACGGCGCGUACAUGAGAAAGAUGGACACGGGCGUUCUCCUCCCUGCCCACAAGCUCGAGCCUAAACCUGCUAUCACAGACCCCAAGGACCUUGUCUUUGUCGAUUGUGCGGGUGGAUCAUCGGAUAUCAACGUACAUGCCCGCCUUGCAUCUCACCUGGGCGCCCCUUGGCCGCCUAAGACAGACCUCUGGGCGACCCAGUUGCGAUACAUCGCGGUUGCGGUUGGAGGGUGCAAUGCUUCCAUGAAGAUCCCACGCAAGGCUUCUUAUCGGUCAAAGAUCUGGGACCAUGCGGGCGGGAUGUUGAUUGUCGAAGAGGUUGGCUGCAUUGUCAGCGACCUUGCUGGUCGUCCAGUUGACUGCAGCCUCGGGCGCACUUUGGCGGGAUGUCACGGGAUGAUUGUUGCGCCUUCGUCUAUCCACCAACGGUUUGUGGACGCUGUGCAACAGAUCAUGUAAGACAAGGCAAGGUUGCUUAGUGGCCAGAAUCGCAGGGAGUGAAUUGUGAGACAGCACCGUGGAACCUCUUCCGAUUGCUGCUCAUGGCAGACUC